UUGAGAAGUACAUUUUGAAAGAUGGCAGCUGACUAGCUGAGGUGUUGGCAGUAAAUUAGAUGGCAUUCAGAGAGUAGAUUUCUUAAUGGCGGCCCCUUUAAGAAUUGGAAUGCGGCGCUCUAUGAGGAUUACACAGAAAGCAUUUUUCACAGAGUGUAUUAUGGCUGUAGUGUACGAGUUCGUGUGGCGGAUGCUGCAUGCCCUGCUACACCUCCAGCGAACGCUUCUGUCCUGGAACUGGCGUCUUUGGAGACGGGCAAUGACGGCGGUCCUAGUGCCGACAGUUUUCGGAUUUCAGAACCACCCGCAUAAUAAUAAGAAACUGAUACCGACAGGCGGCAAGAAGAGCUGCUGCAGGGUCCUGUGGAAAUCAGACGGCAAGUCCCUUGAAAAGCUUCCACUUCAUAUAGGCUUGCUGAUAGCUGAAGAGGAGACCCGGUACACAGAUAUAGCCAACCUGGUGGUCUGGUGCAUGGCAGUGGGCAUCUCCUAUGUUAGUGUCUACGAUAAUCAAGGUAUCUUCAGGAGAAACAGCUCCAGACUCAUGGAUGAAAUCCUGAAACAGCAGCAGGAGCUCCUAGGCCUUGACUCCUUGAAAUACUCAGUUGAGUUUUUAAAUAACAGUAAUGACAAACCAGAACAGCAAGUUUUAUCGUGUCAAGCCACAGUUAAAGUGUUGUCUCCGGACGAUGGGAAAACAGGCAUAGUGACAGCUGCUCAGAAGUUCUGCCAGUUAGUGGAACAGCAACAAAAAAGGUCCUCAGACUUAGAUGUAAAUAUGCUGGACAGUAUGCUUAGAGGUACGAAAGGAAUGCCUGAUCCUGAUUUAGUGAUGAAAUUCGGCACUGUGGACAGUACACUAGGAUUCCUUCCCUGGCACAUCAGACUAACAGAGAUUAUUUCUUUUCCCUCUCACAUUAACAUCACAUACAAGCACUUUUUCAGUGCCCUGAAGUGCUACGCUGGCUGUGAACAACGUCUAGGGAAGUGACACCUCGGAGUGCGCUGAAAAUCACUCUACAGUACAUGAGAGGGGACCUGCCAUUUCUUGAUGCUUACUAGAACCCGAGAACAACAGACAUUUGCCGUUAUUUCCAUUUUGAAUUUUAAUUUAUCAAUCAAGGUUAAUAAAGCGUCUUAUUAUCUCUUGAGUGGCUAGCUCAGCGUGGAUCUUUAAGGGUCUGAAAUGCAGGUACAAAAGAUAAGUCUCAAUUUAGAAGGAGCAAAGCCCCUUGAAGGGCAAGUCUCCUGUAAAACUACAUUUCAUCUACCAGCGACAUCUGGAUUAGCAAUGUGAUGUAUAAACAUUAUGUUAUGAGUGAUCCAAGGAUUUCAAACCAAAUCAAUUAUCAGUCUAGUAUUUGUUUAAGUAGAUCUAACAUUCUCCAUGGAUGAUAUAACAAAACAGAAACGUCCUGUUAAAAAAACAAAAAACAAGGUAUUGUCUGUGCAGUGUGGUUUAUCAUGGUUUCUAUAAAUAGCACUGGGGUACAUGAGUCACUGUAAAUGGUAUAAUUUACAGUAGAAUCCUGUUUUAAGGCAGAUAACCAGGUACAAUUGAAAUUGCCAAGUACCUACAGGUUGUGAAAUUAAACCCCAGUGUUGGCUGGCUCAUUUCUUCAAAGAAACCACUACCUUAGGAAAUACUAUUCAUCCGAUGGCUUAUUUGCUUGUUAUAAAACCUUCCAGCGGUUAGGUGGAAUAUCAUAUUUUAUGUGGUGCAAGAGUCUAGGAGUAGUUCCUUAUGAUACACUUGUUAUUUGUCACAAAUCCCUCUGCACUAGAAGCAGUCAUUAGCAGAUAGUUUACCAGCCACAGACCCUUUCAAAAAGAGUUGCUAGGAAGUAAAGCAAGACAUGUUCACUUAGUGGUUUGCACUGAGAGCUGGGAGCCAAGCAGUCCUAGUUUCUUAUCCCAGUUCAGUCACUGAUGUACCACCAAUGCUGGUUUCAUGACAGGUAUAUGCUCUGUGCCUAGCUCUUCAAAACCAAAUUUAAAGUAUUAUAGUCUUUUGCAGGAAGAUGUUUUAUCUUUACACAGUUAACUAGGACUAAUAAGAAAUCUGACUUGCUGACAUUUCCUCAAUCUGCAUAGACCAGCAAAAAAAAAAAAAAAAAAAAAAGGCGCGUUUGGAAGAUGAUGAAUUAGAAAGCACCACACAGAGACCAAGUAGCUUCAAAUGCCCGUUUAAUUGCAGAAUAAUUACAAAUAUCCUGACAUACUGAGGGAAAUUUAACAAAGCUAUAAACAUUACAAUUUUCUGCUACUUUUUAAAGAUGUUGUAGCAUUUCAAAAUAGUAUACUGGUAUUGGGGAAAAAAAAAAAUCUUAUAUUAUUCAAUGUUAUUAGAGCUAUGGUUUUCUUGUAGUAUUAUUUUAUUUAUUUUAAGAGCUUUUAUAAUGGUGGCCUUUUUUUUUUUUGGAUGACUGGCAUGUUUUAAUAGCACUGAUUAAAGUGUAUCGGGUCAGCUGAGGUUUUAUAUCAGAGGGUCUCAUUCAAUGUGUGUGUGUCUAUCUAUCUAUCUAUCUAUCUAUCUAUCUAUCUAACCCUGAAGUGACAGAUUUCACCUCCACUUUUUACAGUCACAUAUUGCAACAUCCAUCUGAAAGUGUAGCACAUGAACUGUAAAAAAGUAAAAUAACCACACUGCACUCGGUAUGCUGUUGAUGGAAACGUUCGCAUUUAUUCAGAAGUUGUUAGAAGUUGUUUUUAGUUGCUGUUUGAUGGUGAUAAUCAUUUUUCCUAAAUAAAGGGUCAGGGUUAUAUAAAGCAAUCAACUAACUAUAAAUGUGAGUGAGCCACACUGUCCCCAUAUCAUUGAGUAAAGAGGGGCUAUUGUGUGCUUGUUUUGGUUCAAGCAAAAUACCAAUUUCUAAGGCAUAUUAAAAAUGUAUAUAAUAAAAGGUUCCAUGUAAACAUUACUUGCACUGUAGAAUUGCUAUGCGUUGUAUACACCGUGCAAAGCUUUGGACAUGUUCAGUGGCAGAUUGCAAAACUACCACACCAGAGAACAUCCAGAUAUCAGAAAACUACCACACCAGAGAACGUCCAGAUAUCAGAAAACUACCACACCAGAGAACGUCCAGAUAUCAGAAAACUACACCAGAGAACGUCCAGAUAUCAGAAAACUACACCAGAGAACGUCCAGAUAUCAGAAAACUACACCAGAGAACGUCCAGAUAUCAGAAAACUACACCAGAGAACAUCCAGAUAUCAGAAAACGACCACACCAGAGAACGUCCAGAUAUCAGAAAACCACACCAGAGAACGUCCAGAUAUCAGAAAACUACCACACCAGAGAACGUCCAGAUAUCAGAAAACUACACCAGAGAACAUCCAGAUAUCAGAAAACGUCCUGGCUUAAAGAGCAUAUGCACUAAAGCUACUGUAUAUCUUGUCUGUUUUGUAAAGUGAUAAUUGCUAGCUGUUGUACAGUAUGCCGAAACACAGAUAUGACCAGAGAUGAGAAAACCCAUCUUUAGCUUCAGAACAAAAUUCAGCUAGAUUAUGCAAUAUUUUUUUGAAGGAAUGUACUGAAGUAAAAGCAACACUUACUGAAGCUAGUUUUUUUUUUUUUUGUUGUUUAGUUUUUUGUAUUUAUUUUGUACAGUUCUGAAAAUUUGUUUGGGUACUGUAUGUGAUUUCGCCUGUUUUUUAUAUGGACAGUCACACACUGUCUAGUAAUUGUGUUGCUGUUGAAAAAUACCUCAAAUACAGUAAUUAUCAUCGAAUAAGUCUCACAUUUUUUAUAAGACUUUCAUUCAGAAAAAGCUUUUUCUAAAAUAACAAAGCUUCCGCUUACACAUAUGCAGUGUACUGUAUUUGCAUUUCUGCCUUCACUGUUCAAUUUAUGGAAGUAUGAUAUUUAUUCACUGUUAAAAACGAUGACCACCACACAUAGCCAAAAGCUUGUUGCAACUAAUUAUUGGCACAAUCUGUUUCUGAAAGGGGGGAAAAACACCAAUUACUAUACAAUUCUAAAGUAAGGUCUUUUCUGAUUUGGGUACAUUUUAUUUGGUGCAAGUUUAUGUAGAAAAUCCUCAUCUAAUGACUAAUUGUCAUAAAUAGCUUUAUAAUUUAUGGUAAAGGUGAAUUUUUUUUUUUUUUUUUUUUUGAAAGACCGUCACACCUAUUCUCAAAGUGUGAGGUCUGUCUCUGAUUAAAAUAGUUAUUAUUUUGCCGUUGUAACCUGUCCAAGUGGGAACCCACAGUUGAUUCUGGAACUGUAGGAUUUUGUAAGCAUUGUGCAUUGCGUAUGCAAAAUGUUUCGUAACGGGGGUUAACAUUCACAAAUACAUAACUCACUUUUUGUUUUUUUGUAUUUAAAUGCCAAAGCAGUCACCUUUCGGUUUCGCUUUUAUUUAAAAUGACCCAAAACUCUAAAAUCUCCUGAGAAAUUCACUACCUGUAGUUCUGUUUGGUCAGCUUUUGACAGACUACAGUUACAGAAAGAAGAAAGUGAUAAGUAAUAUGACAAUGGAGGCCUGGAACUGCAGUAACCAGGAACAAACAAGAAACAAUACUGGUUGGUUGGUGGUUUGAAACAACAUGUUAGCUGCCUGCAUUGCUCAUCGGUCGUCUUGCUUGUAGUGAUUCGUUGCAUACAAAUAGGUAGAUGCUAAUGAUGCUAUUUUUGGUUAGUUUUGCAAGGUGGAGGAAGCAACAUCAGAGGUUGAAUGUUGCAAACAGUGCCAGAUACACUGGAAACCAGCUAAUGCUCUAUGAAUGUAUGUUUUUUCCUUUGUUUUUGAUUAGGUCUUACGUAAAAUGUAACUAUACAGUGGUGUACAAGUGUGUAGAUCUGACAAGCUGCUGACUUUCUGUGUUGAUGUAGUAGUUGGCUAUUGUAAAUAAUGUGCAAAACAAAUUUUUACAAAUCAGGAGUCGACUUCUUGGAUUUUAUUUAAGAAAUAAAUAAACUAAAAGUAGACAACAUGUACCUGUGUAACUAUUAUUAUAAAUUAUAGAUAAAUCGAUCUUUUGAGAAACA